AUGGAAGAAGAGAAUUUUGAUAACAUUGAAAAACACAAUAUUAGUGUAGUUAAAGUACUUAAUUCUUUAUAUUUAGCUUUCUGGUGAUGAAUAGUCAUAGUAAGGAGAGUAAAAGAUUAAUAAAUCUUAAGUUGAUCAACAAGAAAAUGAAAAUUCUCUGUUCUUUAUUGAUCAUUAGGAUGAUUUCAAUAUAUAAUAAUAAAAUAAUGAAGUUCCUUAAAACUAGGAGGAAGAAAUAGAGAUUAUUUAGUUUGCAGAAAAUAGAGAUAUGUUUGUUGAUAAUAAUCAUGCAGAGGUCGAUAACAAUAAUCAUGAAUAAAAGGAAUAAUAAAUUAUUGAAUAAAACAUCCCUGUUUAGUAAUGUUAAGAUAGACAUAUUCCAAUAGUUUAAGAACCUUAAUAUACAAACCAAGUUUAGCAGCUGUAAAUACACUAUUCGCCUGUUCCUGAUUAAUAAAAUCUAGUGAUGAUACCGACUUAAUCUUUUAAUACCCCAAUUUAGCCAAGCGAUCAAUAUGAUAAUAAAUAGGAUUAAGAAAGGGAAAAUGGAAAUAUAAAAAAAAAAUAAAAGAAAAAGUUAUAAAAAUAAGAGGAAGAGAAUAGUGAUAAGCAUUAUCACAAUAAUUUUGUUGUUGUACCUAUUAAUUAAAAUGAUGCUCAAUAAGAUGUAUUAGUUAAUUUAGGCUCCAAUUUAUCUGCAUAUUGUUGUCUUGGUUUGCUCAAUCGAUCUGAUAGCUGUUGUUAAUGGAUUUGUGAUUUAACUGUUUACUGUUUAACACUCCCUUUGACACUCUUUAAAAAGCUAAUAGUUUGUAUUUGGGAUGGAUGCUUAGAAAUGUGCUGCUAAAAUUUGUGCCCAGAUUGUAAUGAUUCAUGUAAAACAAGUUGUGGGCUUUUAAGCUUCAAUUGCGGUAAAAAAAUAUUAUAUUAAUUAAGGUAGAUGUUAUAAUAGUUUAAAAAGGAACUCUAAUCUGAUAUGCACCUAAAUAUGUUGUUGCAUAAAUUGUUCAGCAUUUAGUUAAUAAAUUUUGGCAUAUUGGGAUUCUUGUAGUAGUUUCUGUUUUUAAAUGUGUUCAGCUUUUUGUGGACUUCUUUUAGUCUGUUGUGAAUUCAUAUUAAAUAAUUUCAGCGACUGUUUAACUCAGAUUUGUACUUUUUGUUGUGACUGCUUAUCGAACUCCUGCCAAUAAAUUAGCUAAUUUUUAGGUCCAAUAUGUGAUACCUUUUGUGAAUUAAUAGGUAUAUGUUGCAAAUGCAUUGAAUGUUUGAAAUGAAG